GUACAGGAACUGGUCAACGAUCGCAGAUAAUUACAUAUAAGGAGAGAACUUUGACGCAUACGAUUUUGAGAUAGGCCCAUUCCUCCAAUGAUGAGGUUCCUCAAACCCGGCAACAAGCACGUCGUCCUCCACGCUCAUGCAACCGCCCAGCAGGGACACAGUAAACCCCUGACUUACCUCGCGGUGCUAAUUCUUGAGAGCCGCUUUGAAGUGAUAACUACAUUCUCAACAAGUGUAGCAAUGUUAUUCAAAAUCAAGGGCCAGUCGGAAAGAUUGCACCCAACCCGGUACCAGGCCAUUCAAUCGCGCCUCAAUGUACUCGACGUUUCGGGCCCGAUCUGCAAUCCUCGCUUGCCGUUGAUGGGCUUUGCACCUGCAUAUGAUGCAUUACACAAUAGAGAGCCUCUCAUUCUUCUUCCUUCGGGAAAAAAAUCGCCGGAUUACCUGCGCCUAGUCUGAUCGAUGUAGGAGUGGCUUCCCCACAGAAAACUUACGACUUCAUUCUUAUCCUCAUUCAGCCUUUUACCGCGUAUGCUGUCGAAGCAAUACCGUACGGGUUAUGAAAAAGGACCUCCCUAUCCUUGCAUACUGCACCUGCGGGGGGAGCCUUAUGAGUGUAAUGGGGAAGUACCUGGAAGUACUGAAUAUUAUCCCCGGGUUAGCACCUUUAUUCGACUAUGAAUGGUUUCCGCAAAAGACCCGU